AUGGGUCUGAACGAUCUCUUCCACCACUUUGACAAAUCCGAGUACACUGCCCGGAUCAAAUCAAGCACAGACACUGAGCUUCAGCAGAGAGAGGUCGUAAAGACCCGUCAACGUUUCACGGCAUCCUUCAGCGGAGGAACAUAUCUGGGAAUGGCUCUUCCAACAUGCGGCGCAUCGAUGAUCAUGGCACCAUUAACAGCUCGUAAAUACUACAUCGCCAGGCAGAAGCUCAAGAUCGUACAAGCCGAGCUGGAACGCCGCAAUAUUCCCCUGUACGAGACCCGGAAGCGAGAUGUCGCUAUAUCCGCCCUCACCGGGACCAUCGGCCUUGCGGUCGGCAUGGUGACGCUCGGUGUCACCGACGGCUUGACGGACAGUCUCAUGUUCAUGCCGUUAGGGAGUUCGGGGGCUACGGAGGCUUCAGCCAUCGACGCUUUAUCUUCGGACCCAUUCGGUGCGGUAGGCGAUGCCGUACGAGGGGCGGCCGCGCAGUUCCAGGAGGUUGGUGUCAAUGUCACGGGAGACACCAUAGGCCAGACUAUUCUGCCUGAAGGUCAAAUGGUUGAGUUGCAUGACCUUGAGACCGGAGCAACAGCGGAUAUGAUCGUCGCAACGCCGGAAGUGGCUGGUGCAUGGAAUAUGGGUGUUGACUUAGCACAAACGGCUGAAAAGGCAUUGGCCUCUUUCUUGGCGACGGCAGGGUCGGCCUUGGUCAUGGAAGCCAUUGCAGGGUAUGGAAAGAAUAGGGGACGAUGUUGUCCUCGUCUUUUGGGUAUAUUCGGUGCCAUGAACUGCGACUGUUGUGGCGAGGAAAUCGGGAAGAGGCAAUACCAUCACGAUAAUUUCGACCUUUGCCAAGCCUGCUAUUCAAAGGGCUCGAGAUGCCUAUCUGCUUCACAUGACAUGACUCUGCUACAACUUGCCACGAACCAAGACCUAUCACCGGAGAGACCUAUCGUCAAAUUAUAUUCAAAUUGGGAACCUGAAGCUGUUGAGUUCAUCACACGUUCCCAACUUUCUGGUGGAGAGUACACACUAUUUGGUUUCCUCACACGACCUCUGAAGGUCCUCGCAACUAAUGAGUAUAUGCAGAUUGUUUUCAUUGCGGCAACUAUGACUCGUGUGAAAGAUGCUACAAAGACGGUUCCAGCUGCGGGGCUACAGAUCACGUCCUCACGGCUCUUGUCUGCGCAGUCGACUGCUCAUCUCAUCGGUACUGGGUCAGCGACUGCCAAUGGUCUGAGGGAAUGCGUGCCGAAACACAAUGCAGUACUUGCCACGAGCUGGUCACCCAAGGUCGAUACUACCACUACAAUUGACGUUGUGGUGUAG